CAUACAUUUCAAAAUUAAUUUAAAAAAUUUAAAAAAAUUCUACAAAUAUAUUUUUCUUUUCGAUUUCGGCCUCUUUUUACAAAAUUUUACGUGAUUUUUUUCAAAUAAAUGCUAAACAAUGCGAAUAUUGGCCAAUGUACGACCCAUUCUAAAGUUCUCGAAAGGUAUAACAGGAACUUUCUGCCAUGGCCAUCAUCAGUACACAUCGCUGGUCCAGGUUUUGCAAAGCAAACGACUAUUUAAUAAUGUCAAUAUCAAUGGCCCCAGGGAGUUGACGACGUUAAAAUGUAAAGAAAAUUCAUGGAAUGAGACUCCAAAUAAAUAUUUGGGUAUAAGGACACAUAUGCAAGAUGUUGGUGGGGUUACGAAGGCAAUAUCGAUGUCAAUAAGUCCCCGGGAAUUAGCCAAGAAGACAGCUAACAUGAUAACGCCUAAACUUCCUACCAAAGAAAAUGGUAAUCAUUCAAGGGAUAUGAUUCUAAAAUCAUUAGAAAUGAGUAAAGAACAUAUCCAAGCACUUACAAAUUCAAACAACAACAUUAUUCUUUUGGAAAUUGAGACUGUAGAAUUGAAUGGCUUCUUACAAAAAUAUCACAAAUACUACGCCGUUCUCCACUUUAAAUCGGGAGAUCGAAAUUUAUCCCAUUUUGAGGACGAAAUUAUGGUAAAGACGCUUUUUGGAGCAUUUGGUAGACAUUACGAACAACAGCACGCCAGAUAUUUGGACAUGAAAAAUCACGAUAAUACAAACCAUUAUAACCUCAAUUUUUCACGGGGACGAAAUUUGCUUCCAAUUGGAAACUGGAAAAUUCAUAUAUUUGCUUGGAAUCAUAAUAGGAGCUUUGAGAUCUUAACUAAAUCCUUAAAGCCCUCUCGUCAUUCAAAAAUAAAUUCAAAUUUCCUCCAAAAUUGUAUUCCAUUUGGUUACAGAACAGACGGAAUGUCAAAUAACAAAGCCGGCCCUGGAGUUACAUUUCGCAAAUAUUCCACAGAUUCAUCUUCAAAUAAAUUUGCACCCCAACGCCAUAUUCCCAAUGACGUUACCAAAUCUAAAAUGGUUUACUACAACUCCCCAUUUGUCUUGGAACUAUUAGGCGGUCAUAAAUAUCCCCUUAGUCAUGAUACCUAUCCCAAGGCUGUCGAAGAGGCCAACAGGCGAAGGGCGGCCUUAAAGUUCGCACACUCCAAGAACAAUAUCUUAGCUAAAAAAGAGUCAGACAUAACUUCCAAUAUUGACCCCAGUAAACCAGUGAAUCUCCUUGGCGAUAAAGGCAACAAUACAACAAACCCUCCAACCAGCCCUUCAAAAAUAAGAGAUAAAGGCAAACACCCAAGGAAACAAGCUCCAACGGGUUGUGUUUCUCCAAAAUGUAAAAAGGAAGAUCCAUGUUCCAACCUAGGACCCAAUAAAAAUAAAAAAGUUGCGGACAAGGGCAAUAUAUUGGGGACUGAUUCCACGCACCCCUUAGCAAGUUUAGGAUUUAGAAAUGUACCAUUGAAUUUAUCCAGUAAUAAAACCGGAAGUGGCCUUUGCAAUGGCUGCACUAGUUUUAGUGGCAAGGACAAAAAUAAGCCUGGAAGCAAUCCACCCAAACCGGGAAAUUGUUCCAAAGAUAAAGGAAAAUCCAAAAAACCAGGAUCAUGCAGCGAAGACGAUAAGCCUUAUCAGCCGAAAUGCAACAAAAACCCCUGUGACGGUGAUGGAGGAACAAAACCCCAAUCACCCUGUGCCAAAAAGAAGGAAGAUCCCAAAAAGGGUCCCUGUGGAACGGAAAAGAAAUUAGAUGGCAGCAGCAAACAACUCAAUAAGGGACCCCCUAAACCAUCAGGACAAAAUGAGAAAGGCCAAACAGGCCAAUCAUGUGCCCAAAAGAAGGAUAGUCCAUGCUCAAAGAAACCAAGCCCCUGUGACAAGAAAGACAAAUCCAAGAAUGAUCCUUGUGCCAAGAAGAAGGAUCCUUGUGCCAAGAAGGAUCCCUGUUCUAAGAAAAAGGAUCCCUGUGCCAAGAAGAAGGAUCCCUGUUCAAAAAAACUCAGCCCAUGUGGCAAAAAAGACAAAGGCAAUCCCUGUACUAAGAAAGAAAAAGAUACUUGUUCGAAAAAGCCCAGUCCAUGUGCCAAAAAGGAUAAACCUAAAGCCAAACCUUGUGGAACAAAGGACAAAGCAAAACCUUGUGGUGCAAAAGAUAAACCCAAAUCCGAGAAGCCAUGUGCUGGUCCUUGUAAUAAAAACCCACAAAGUCCCUGUGGAAAGAAAGACAAACCAAAGUCGGAUCCAUGUGCCAAGAAACCUCCCAAUCCAUGUGACAAAAAGAUAAGACCCCAAACGGAGACCAAUCAAUUUCCCUGUACCAGACAAAAAGAAAAGAAAAAGGGCAACACUUGUGGUAAAGAAAAAAAGAGUAAAUCACCCUGUACAGGACCCUGUGCAGAGAAGAAGAAACCAAGCAAUCCCUGCAAGAAAAACAAUCCUUGCAAUAAGAAAUCAAGUCCAUGUGGCAAAAAAUCAGAUCCAUGUGCAAAGAAAUCCACUAGCAACUCAGGAUGUUCUCAAAACCAACAUCCUUGUGGUAAAAAACCUCGAGAUACUAAGCCCAAAUGUAAACCAAAAGGAGAUCAAAACAAGAAAUGUUAUUCCACAGUUGCCGGAAAUGUAAUAACUCCCAGUCCGUCGACAUUAAAUAGGAAUUUCCACUGCUUUAGUUUCACACGUCGUUAUAGCGAUUCAAAGAGUAAAAAGGGUGCAGGUGACAGCAAAUGCAAGUUAAUUCAAACCAAAAUGCCUGCCCAUCGUCAAAUGGAAAAAUAUCAUCAGAGACAACGUCCCAAAGAUGGCCUACGUUCGUGUUAUCCAGCCUACGAUAUGGAUUGUCCCAAAAAACUGUGUAAGGAUCCCCGGAAAACUGCCUGUUCAAGAUUUAAUCAUUUGAAGGGAGAACAUAAGAAUAGUGGUGGGAAGAAAUAGGCAAGAGAUUUGGACUAUAGGAUUGGCGAAAUUGGAUUUCAAAGCAAUAUUUAAAGAAAUGAAAUCGGAGUGGGAUGUUAGAGGUAUAUAAGUCGUCUAAUAUGAAACCUUUUCCAACUAUACCGCCAGCAAAACUUAAAAUCGGUCUGCAAAUAUUGGCAUAUCAGGUUCAGCGAUUGGAGAGCACAUUAAAGCCCAAAAACAAAAGGAUCUGAAAAUACGUUACACGGAUGAUCUAUGAUUAUGCCAUCCCGCCCAUUAUCCCAUAAAAUAUUAAGGAUUCCGUCUAAACUGCCUGUUCGAGAUCUGGAAAAAAGAUUGAACCCCAAAUAAUUUAUUAAAACUAUUCUUUUCAGCAAAAGUCUUUCCUUGGAAAUUACAAGUUAUUGUGGGAACGAGACUCUGCCAAAUCAGAAUCCAUGUGAUAUAAGAAAGUAAUUUUGAAACGACAGGAUAUUGUAUGCAAAUGAAGGACCUAUCUA